AUGCGUAGUCCUCAUGCAAACGUUGUGACGAUAAGAUUGCGCGAUCACGAAGGUAACCUGGCUUUGUCAACAACACACGGCGAUAUGCCGGCGGCUCUUCAUGCUGUUGAACAAAGCCGCUCGUGUGCUCCUAUUCUGACAUUCUUGGGCCGAACAAGCCAUUUCAAGUUGUCUGUGGUGCUUUGGUCGCUACCAAAGGUUCAACGUUUGUCAAGCUGA